CUGGCGGGCGGGCGUUGUCAGACAGAGCCAAGCCCACAGGACGUUCAGUCAGUCCGCUGCUAACAGCUACCACCAGAGUCCCUGGAGUUAGCCACCGAGCUAGCCAUGAGCUAACAAGCACAGGAAGCAGAGUGUUUUUAUUUUGCCUCCUCUCACUCACUUUCCGUCUAUCAUUCUGCCCCGAGGGAAAACCAGUUAAUUUGCAGGAAUUUUUACCCUGCACUUUGUCACACCCGGAAUCCUUUUACAAUCUUCUUUUUGCGAUCCCAUCCAUUCACCCGCUGCCUUGACCUUUCACCCCCCCGCCCUUGACAUCUACGCCGAGCCAUGGCCGCUGCGAAGCCCAAAGGACAGAACUCUCUGGCCCUCCACAAAGUGAUCAUGGUGGGCAGCGGAGGGGUGGGGAAAUCAGCCCUCACCCUCCAGUUCAUGUAUGAUGAGUUUGUUGAAGACUACGAGCCUACUAAAGCAGACAGCUACAGGAAGAAAGUAGUGCUGGACGGAGAGGAGGUGCAGAUAGACAUACUGGACACGGCCGGCCAGGAGGACUACGCCGCCAUCCGGGACAACUACUUCCGCAGCGGCGAGGGGUUCCUCUGCGUAUUUUCCAUCACAGAGCUGGAGUCUUUUGCAGCAACAGUAGACUUCAGAGAGCAGAUUCUGCGAGUGAAGGAGGACGAGAAUGUGCCCUUCCUCUUGGUCGGCAAUAAAUCGGACUUGGACGACCGACGGCAGGUCAGUGCAGACGAAGCGAAGGCGCGUGCAGAGCAGUGGGGCGUGUGUUACGUGGAGACUUCUGCCAAAACCCGUGCCAACGUGGAUAAGGUGUUUUUUGACCUGAUGCGAGAGAUCCGAGCAAGAAAAAUGGAAGACAGCAAAGAGAAGAACGGGAAGAAGAAAAGUAAAAGCCUGGCUAAAAGAAUUAGAGAGAGAUGUUGCAUUUUAUAGUGAUGAAGGAGAGCAGGCUAGCUGCUAGUGUACAUGUACAUUUCUCAGACUUUUGCAUUUCUUUUGUGCCCAGACCUGACCAUGACUUUCUGUUCCUGGCUAAAGCAGGACCUCUGACCGUGUGUUAGGAAGUAGUGAGGUGGCACUUCAUACAUCAUUUUUAGCUCUUAACUUUUUAUGUGCUGACACUCCAAAUAAUUUAUGAUUUAUGUAAUCUCUUUUUUCUUACUCUUACACAUGACAGAGUUUUAAUAGAUGAGUGGUGUUUUAAUUUUAGGCCUGAGCUUGCCAAGAAGCCCUAAAAUGUCCAAGAAAAAAAACAACAUUUUAGUUGUAAAGUGUAUUCAUAUUAUCUUCAGACAGCUGUACAGGUGUAUGUUCAAUAGAGAAAGACUGAGAUGUUUUCAGAGCCAAGGCUUAAACGGGGAAGGUGUAGUCAGGAAAACCCCCAGACCAUAAAUAGAGUCCACCACCUUUGCUUGGAAAUACUCAGCAUUGCAGCGUGAACGUCUGGUUCAAAUGCCACCAAGUAAAUAUAAUUUCCACUGGUUAAUCUGGAAAGGAUUGUAUUGAAUUAACGCCUCCCUUUUCUAAGCAGGUGCCCACAUUUGUUGCCAUUCCUACUUGUUUUUUGUGUGAUAACAUGCUUUUAAACACUAUUUUCUUUUUUUUUUAUUUAUUCUCCUCCACAUGAAACACUGUAAAAUAGGCACACAAUUUUUUCAUUUCCUUCACUUCUUCCUGUCAGUUUGUCUUCUAAAAAUGCACAAACAACACUGAUCACUACCCUGAAUCCUCAAAGGAAUUUAUGCAACACUUGAACAUUUUUCAGUCCUAAUGUUUUAGAAGUGUUACCUCGCUCGGCUAAGGAAUUUCAUUGCCUUUUUGUGAUUGAGGAAUCCCUGGUGCUCUGAUUUAAAAAAAAAAAAAAAAAAAAAAGAAGGUGAUUCCAUAACACUACAUGCAGCUCAAUACUUAAAAAAAUUGCUUCCAGACAACUUAACUUUUUCUUGGCUCAGACUUUUAAUUAGCAACUUUAUAUUACACUAGUCUUCAUUUAAAUGUAUCUCUUAUUUAGGAAUUGCUUAACAGAAGGAGGAGUUAGAGGAUGGAAACAAACAAAAGCAAAGAUUGAAUUACGAUUUCCUCUUUCCAAAAAUGUUGCCGUCAGCAACCAAAGAAAACUGCUAGGUAAUACAAAUAACAGGGUUCCUACACCGUCUUCAAAAUUCUGAACCGGUAUUGAUGAAAUCAACUUGUCUAGAAAAACAUUUGUCUUCAUAGACUCUUAUUUGUUCCUUUAUUCCAAAAUCUUCAUUCCAGACCUUUCUACAAAUAACAGUUUGUUUAAAUAAAUUAUCUUUAAACUGCUAACACAAAAACAAUUCUUUUUCUCAGAAAACAAUAUAAUAAAACUGUUAGAAAACAAAAAAAACUUUUUUGCACAUUAAAAUGAAAGAAUCUUGUUUUUUGCAAAAUAAUAAGCUAAUGAACAGAGAGAAACGUGUGUGGAUCCAUUUGCACUCGCAGUUUUAUUCAUCUGGAUUUGUUUGUGUGAAUGUUUGGGUUGGAAAUCCUUGCAAGUCUUUGUUAGUGAAGUCCCUUUCGGUUGGAGCGCUACACCAGCCAUGCAGUUUAACGUUGUUUAACAGAACCGCGCCCACGGUCUUGCAGCUUACCGUGGAUCAUGGGCAGCAGGUUUCUAGUGUUUUGUGUAAGGAAAAUACUGAUUAUAAAUGUUUCAAAAAAAUACUUCUUAGCUUCUACCUACAUGCCAAAAAUGACCUAAAACACGAUUGAGCAAUUAAAAAAUUUGGGUCUGGAUUUUUCAAAUGAAAAAUGUGUAGGAACCCUGAAGUAAGUGCCCAGUUGUUAAUUCCAGUGAAUGAGAAAUUUCCAUGGUGAGCAUUAACCGAUCAGCACUACAGCAUUGUGUAAAAACAACCUUAGCAGAGGAUCGACAAGGGGGAAGAGAAACAGUUUAAUUGGUGUGAGAAAUGGAAGGUUCUGAGGGCUUUUGUAAUUCUUGUGCAGUGCGUCACGGUUGCCUCUCUGUCCGUCGUGAAUGUGAAUGAUCCCUUCUUACUCAUCCUGUAAUCCUAAACUGCCAGUGCUUUGCAGAGCAUAGAAGUCAUCGACGUUCUACUUUUUUUUUUGUUGUUCCAUCAGCUGCAUCCUGUGGCAAGGCCUCUCUGUAACAUGUUGACAAAAACUUCAUGCGCUCUAGUAACUGGAUGGUUUGAGAGGAAAGUUGAUGUUUGAAUAGCACAGAAAGGAACUGGCUGCUUUUCAGCAAAUUUAGCAAUAGCUACAUUUGACCAAGAAAAGAAGGAAAACCACCAACUAAACCCUUCUAUUCUUAAUUCUUAAGACUGAGGCUCUAAUUCUUAAGACAUUUAUUUAAAAUGUUUACACUUUUUUUUCCCCUCCAACAGCCACACAAAGGUUGUUGCUAACAUCCAGUCUGAUUAUGUUUUAAACUAUUGAUGUGAGCGUAAAUACAGUUCUGGUCAGACACUUCUCAUGGGCAUGGAUAUUAUACUUAUUUAGGGCUUUAAAUUCUUUAUUUAAUCCUUUAUCUUUGCAGAGUGGAAUGAUUAUUAAACAUACAACUUAAGUAAAUUUAAAAAUUGGAUUUAGGUGCAGCGAUUGAACUAUUUUUCCACAAGUCAGUUUGGCACUUCCGAAGUUUUUAUCAGGCUUGGUGAAAGCAGCAUCAUUCUGAGGGAAACGUUUAGCUGUCAGUCGUUACUGUGGGUUUUGAAUUUCUUUAUAGCCUGUAUGUAUAAAUUUGAUAAAUUCAAACCUGUGCAUUAUAUUGUAGUUUUUAAAAUGCAUUAAAGUAGUGUGCUUGAUUAACCAAGUGACAGAAGAAAACCCACUUUAGGUCAAUUAUGAAGAUCUAGUAUUAGUGUCGCAUCCAUGCCCAUGAAAAAUUGAUCUAAACUUCUGUCCAAAACUGUAUGUGAUGUCUAUGCAAAAGGUUUUUUGGAACUGGAACGAGGGAAUGUAAAAAAAUUUCAAAAUACCAUCUCUGUCUUUUAAAUUACCUUUCAAAAAGGCGAAGCACAGUGAAAGCACGUCAGCUCUAAAGCUCUCAGUAGGGAUCCGAUUUCAGCUCGGAAAACUCAGCAUCAUCUAAAAGUUAUGCAUCUUAUUAGAUUUAAAGUGACUCAGUGCAAGUUCAUUGAUUCCCCGAGCUAAUGUAUAGAAAAUGCACAGUUGUGUUUCCUGAUAGAAACGUGACGCAUGUUGAGCAUUAAGCACACAGAGGAAAAGAGUUGGACUCUGGAGAGAAGGAGGCUAGACCCAAAAUGUUGGGAAGCCAUUACAUCAGAACACAAAGCGGUUACAGAUGUUCUAAGGGCUAAUCUUCGGCGCAUCACACAGAUUGGGCCCUUCCCAAAAAGUUAGUGAGACUUGGGAUGAAACUAAGACAGACCCCAUUUUGUUUUGAGCAGGCCUUCCCCUACACUGUUCCUGUUUUGUUUUGUUUUUUUGCUUCAUUUUCAUGUAACAAACUUCACAGGCCAACACCUCUGCAGGACUCUAAAGCAGAUAUUGUGUGAACAGCUGCAAGCAGAAUGUCCUACUGGGGCUUUUAAUUAACUUGCUUUACAUUUUUCUAUUAAUGCCCUUGGAAUGAUGACAGAUAUUUACGUCUUGGAUUGGAUGGUUGUUGUACGUAUGCCAUCGGUUAAAUGUCUCCUUCAUGUUUACUUAUUUUGAGCAUAACCACUAAUGUAGCCUGUUUGUGAAUGCAAGAGGUGAAGCUUACAUUUCAAUUCAUUUUUUGUGAGUAAUUUGGAAAUGGCAAAUAAAGUGGAUAUUACUAAUAACA